AGUGAAUGUGUAAUCUGUAAGGAACAAUUAAUGGAGAGUUCCUGCGUGAAAGAGUUUCCAUGCUACCACGUCUUCCACGAUGACUGUAUCAACAGUUGGCUGGACGUAAAACCAUUUUGUCCAAUUUGUCGUGAUUUCAUAGCGGUCGAUCCGAUAGAUCACAGAAGAUACAGCACAGAGGACCAGAAGGAUGGCACAACGCAA